AUGGCUACCACUACAUCCAAUGCCUCAGCACUGGUGCUUCAUGGCGCCAAAGACCUUCAACUGGAAUCACGACCUGUCAACCCACCCACCAACUCCGAAGUACAAAUCGCCAUCCGCGCCACUGGUCUCUGCGGAUCCGAUCUACACUACUACAACCACGGACGCAAUGGCGAUUUCGUCGUGCGCGAACCCAUGUGUCUGGGCCACGAAUCCUCCGGCAUUGUCACAGCCGUCGGAAACGACGUAACCAAUCUCCAGGUCGGCGACCGAGUCGCUCUGGAAGUCGGUCUACCCUGUCGCAAAUGCACUCUCUGCCAACAAGGCCGCUACAACAUCUGCCCGGAGAUGAAAUUCCGCAGCAGCGCCAAAAUCUUCCCUCACCUCGACGGAACCCUCAUGGAACUCACCAACCAUCCAGCAGACAUGUGUCAUAAGCUGCCCGACUCGGUCUCCUAUACCGGCGGCGCACUGGUCGAGCCCCUAGCUGUCUGUCUACAUGCUAUUCGACGUUCGCGACCACCCACCCAGAGCGAGGUGAAACUGGCCGAGUCGCUAGGCGAUUCCGCUGCGGCUUUGAUCUUUGGCGCCGGCGCCGUGGGUCUCCUCCUUGCUGCUGCGCUGGCCACGUCGGAGAAUUUCUCUUCCAUAGUGGUGGCUGAUAUUGACCCUGCGCGACUGGCUAUCGCUGACUCGCUUAAUCUCGGUCUCAAAACCACGCUCAUUCCCAGGGCGGAUCCUGCCCAUCCUCCCCCUGCUAGGGAUGCUCCUCAGGCUGAACAAACGUCCUACGCGCUGGAAAAUGCCCAACGUCUCGCGACCUCGUUGAAGACAUCGCACGGCGUAUCGUCCGGCUUCGUCCGCGUCUACGACUGUACUGGGGUUCCUGCCUGCGUUCAGGCAGGUAUCUAUGCUGCCGCGCCGGGCUCCGUCCUCGUGCAGAUCGGGAUGGGAAAUCCCAUCCAGACUCUUCCUGUCGGGGCUGCUGCGCUGCGUGAGGUUGAUAUUAUUGGGGUUUUUAGGUACGAUGGAUAUGCGUAUCCGGCUGCGAUUGCGCUCAUGGCGAGUGGGAAGUUCGAUCGCGUUGAGGAACGGGUCGUUACGCAUCGGUUGGCUCUGGAUAAGGGAGAUCGUGCAUUCCAGUUAGCUGGGCGUGGGGUCGAUGAGAGUGGGAGGCCGGUGGUGAAGGUGGUGAUUGAAAGUUAG